AUGGAGGCCCCCACGAGUGGGGCUGGAUUUCAACUCGACAUGGAGCUACCGGGGAGCGACGAUGACGAAGCGGGAUCUACGCGGGCGCGCUCUCGUUCGAACCGGUCAGUUAGUACGGACGUUACCCUACGUGAAGCCGACGUCGACGGUCGGAGCCGGCCCCGAGCACGAGCAAGGGUGGAACGCUUGUUUCGAUCGCCCAAGGGUCGGCGUCAACCUGUCGCGAUCGACGAAGAAUGGUCAUCUCCAAAGCAGCCGUUUGUCGAGACACGCAAGGUGCCCGUCGACCCAGCUGUGUCAAAGGAAGACGACGAUAUGGGUCAAGGGAUCUACAAAGGAGAGCGUACGUUCAUGGCGGCGUACAACUUCUACAUCAGCCAAUCGAAUGCACUAACAGCCAAUGGCUUGCGUCCGUUUAUUAUGCCUGUGCGCGCGUGUAUCGAGCCUGCGACGAAACAACGCAUCGCUGAAUGGGACAUGGACAAGGAUCCAGAGGAUGUAACGGAAGACGAAUGGAUCGCAUGGUUCAUGUUGGCGUACCAGGUGGACCCACGAGCGUUAGACUCCUUGAAGAAACGGAUCAAGGCGGCGGUAGUUUUCGACAUGUCCAUCACCGACGCCGAUUCGCACAUCGGUCGCAUGCUGGACGGCAUGUCAGGGCCAUACGCCGCGACCGUCAAGAUUGGGUGA